AAUAAAUUAGUAUUAUAUCUUAAUGAGAUCUUUAUUCGAUAUGUUUCUUUUUUAACAAUGAGCAAUAAAAGAGAGAGUACUAAUUGUCAAAAUUCUUUAUCAUCCAAACAAAUAAAACCUAAUGAAUGUGCUGAAAAUCCAGGACCGUCGACAAAAAAGACUAAUGUACGACUUAAUACUCUUCUUGUUAGUCCAAAACAAAAAGGGAAUCCUUUGUUGAAAUUUAUAAUCAAUAUACCUUGGGAAUAUUCUGAAAUUGUACCAGAUUAUGUGAUGGGAAAGACUACAUGUGCUCUUUUUUUAUCGAUAAGAUAUCAUCAAUUAAAUCCAGAUUACAUUCAUGAUCGUCUGAAAUUAUUAGGCAAUGCGUACAAUCUUCGAGUACUUUUGGUUCAGGUAGAUGUUGCUGAUCCACAUCAUGCAUUAAAACAUUUGACACGGAUAUGUAUACUUGCUGAUUUAACGUUAAUGUUAGCUUGGAACGCAGAGGAUGCAGGAAAGAUUAUAGAAACUUAUAAAAUUUAUGAGAACAAACCACCUGAUAUAAUAAUGGAUCGUAGCGGAACAGCUCCUUAUCAAAAAUUGAUUAACGCUUUUACUACGGUUAGAUCUGUUAACAAAACAGAUGCAACUACACUUUUGUCAACAUUUGGCACAUUGAAAGAUAUAGCUAAUGCAUCAACUGAUACCUUAGCUUUAUGUCCUGGAUUUAGCUUUUUAAAAGCAGAACGACUACAUAAAGUAUUGCAUGAGCCAUUUUUACAAAUGGAGAAAUCAGAAAAAUAACGUUUAAUACAUAUUUAUUAAGAAUAUUUAUUAUUUCAAUUAAUAUAAGUGUUUUUAUAUGUUAGAUGAUAUUUUUUCAUAAAUUAGCCAGAUAUUGUUAAAAAUAAAUGAAUGUGAUCCAAAAUUAUGUGUAAGAUUUAUUUAAGAACACAUGUAU